GUCAUACAAGAGCACAUCGACAUCAGACAGAGCUUUCGAACAACACCGUUCAAGACUUGCCGCACAUUCCACCAUGUCGACCAUGGAACAAAGGGAGCGAUACGAAGCCCUCUACCACGCCACUACCCAAUACCUACUCCUGCGGGACUUCCAGAACGCCGAAGACGCCGUGCUCACCCUGUUGAACUUUCGACCGAGAGACGUGGACGCAUACGGACUCGAACAAAAGUUGGUCAGGUGCACCGAACCAUUCGAGGAAAGAUUGAAGAGAUGGACGAGGUCGUCGGAGGACAUGAUCAAGGCGUACAAGUUGUAUGCCUUUGUCUUGACGUCGAAACAUACCGAGAGAUUGGAAGUUUCCGGGCCCGAGUCAGGGGCAGGAGCAGGAAAGGAGAACCUGGCGGACGUCUUUGAGGGUGUGAUUGCCACUUACAAGAAGGAAUCGGAUUUUCUCGAUCGUCCUGCUGCGACGGCGAAAUCGGAAUCGGGAUCCCAGGUCAUCCACCUCCACCCGUCCAUCCUUCAGACGAUCCUCCUCUCCCUCCUCAAGCUCAACUCAACCUACCCGAUCCCUUACUCGGAAUCGCUUUCCUCGUCACAACGUUCAGACCACCCUCUACACAUUGCCAGGACGUUCGUCGAGCGUUGGUUAGCGGGCCUGGAAGAGGAGACGAUAAAGACCCUUUCGUUCCCCAAGAAAUUCAUCGGUCGGUGUAAAUCCAGGACGAGCACGGAUAUUCAAUCGAGAUCGUCCCCCUCGGAGGCACCUUCUGCAUCGUCGUCCUCAUCAUCUUCAAAUGACAACGGAAACGAGAACGAAAACGACAACGAGAACGACGAUUGGGUGUGGUACGCAAUCUCCGAACGCCUUGGCGGGAUGAACAAGGCCUACCGCUCCGUCCUCCGGACGUACGUCUUGGACAUCCUACCGAGGUUCGGGGACUGGGAGUUGAGUAGGGAGAUGAUACUCGCCGGGCUAUUUCCAAAGGCCGAGGAACAGGAGAAACUGCUCAAAAAGCUUCAUACACUCGAAAUCCAGCAUAAACAGCUGCAAGACCUCUCCCGGUCUGCUACCAUCUCCGGCCCCAACUCGUCCUCCUUGUCUUCUUCGAUGUCCAGCUCGGGCUUUGGACCUGGAGACGAACCGGGGGCGUCUGAUCUCGAUCGAGGAGCGGGACCGUCGAUGUCCAUGUCGACGUCUAGGUCGAACACGACGAUCCGCCCGGGUUCAGGAACAGGAUUCACACGGACACCGGGAGUCGAGAGACCAGCUAGUCCGAGUGCGGCGAGCGUCUUGACAGAUCGAACUGUUAGGGCAGUGGAUUAUAUGAAAGGGAGGCAGAGGCAAGGUGGCGGUGAGGAGAUUUCCGCUUCGGGCUUUGGUCAGCAAGAGACGAGGAGAGAUGACAGGCGAAGCCCCAGAGCGCAGGUAGGAGAGGACAAGAAGGAGACGGACCAGGAGAGGAAGGGGAGCGAGGAGAAGAGCGCGGGCUCGAAGAGGGGGGACGAGGACAGCGUGGUCGGCUCGACCCGCUCGUUGACACAAGGUUCGGCCAGGUUCGGACACGCCGCCUUCGAGACCCUCCGAGCGAGGAUCGUGCGAUACCUCGAUACCCCGAUCGACCAGGAUCACGAUCACGACGGCCAUCACGGCAACGACGGUGAUUCGAGACCUCGUGCGCGAAGAUCACUAUCCGUCUCUUCCCGCCGAACCAAAGACCUAGCCGGACUGCCUCUACAUCAACGUCUCUCAAGGAACUUUACGUUUAGGCUGAUCGUCAGGUUGUUGAGCGCGAUCUCGAUCGUGGCAUUCGUCUGGGGUCUGAUACGGCGACGAAGGCAGGUACGGCGGCGAAGAGCGAUUGCUCAGGGUGGCACGGUAGGGGAUCCGAUCAUUGAGGGAAGUUUUGUGCAGGAAGUGCAAGAUGCCGUAAAGGUAGUCAGGGACAAGAUUGUGGCGGUUUUCAAGAUGGGCACGACGAUCAGCUAUGUCUGAAACUUGUAUCGUAGAUGAUGCAAGACGAUUACAAUUAGGCUUUAGGA